AUGAUUUCACCAUUUUACUUUUCCUUCAUAAAAAAACACAAAAACUUCUCUCAGGUAGAAAAUCUGCGCCUAUUCCACACGGAUGACAUAUUCACACGCAUUCUGACCCGUCUCAAAAAGUACAAGCCCUACUCAAUUCCCUUUCUCUAUCCAGUUAAAAAGAGAGAGGCAUACAACUAUUACGAUAUCAUCAAAAAUCCCAUGGACCUACAAACAAUGCUCAAACGUGCAGACAUAUACGAUGAACAGUCAUUUAGAUAUGAUCUUAAUCUCAUCUACACCAAUUGUAUAACUUAUAACAUUGAAGGACUGAUCUGUGAUUACGCGCGCGAGCUGAAACAGUACGGAGAAAAGCUGAUUGAAGAGGAGUUUGAGGGACAAAUGGUUGUGGCAGAAAAUAGGAAAAUGGUAAUAUGUACUGGUGGUGAGGAGUGGAAGGAUGUGACGGGGAGGGUGGUUGCGAAGGCCAAGGAGGGUGAUGUGAGGAGUGCCAUGGCGAGAUGGCUGGCCGUCAACCUGAGGAAAAGGUUUGUUAGGAUCGAUAGGAGCGUGCUCGAUGUGCUUAAUGACGUGGUUAUAUGGCGGAUGUGCACUUUAAUGGCUAAGUGGAGGGGGAUAAGGACGCGAAAGGAUGGUGCUGGUCUGGAGUGCUACCUAAAGGUGAAGGAAAUGAUGAACGAGAUUGAGAGGUCGAGCAUCAGUCUCUGAUGUGAGGCAUCCAUAGCAAAUCAAUGAAUUUUUAAGUAAACGGCACAACAAUGAAAAAAAGUGAUUCGUCAUUCUGCUCCUUCUUUGCAAGAGAAACGCCCCACAAAACGAACCAUUAAUAACACCUCUCUCCUGAAUAAACAUCCAAAGUUAUUGCUAGUUAAUACCUCAUCAAUUCACAAACACACCAAGUUCUCGAUGUUUGAAUAAAAAUGACCAUCGUGAUUACGCUAAGAACCCUCGCAGUGUGCAAUCCGC